UAUUAACAUACAUCGAUAUUAACAUUUUUUAUAAUUGAAGUCUUUAUAUAUCAAUACUGAAAUUGAAAUACGUUAUUUGAAUGCACGUGUCUUCCUACGAGUAAUAUCGAACAGCAGUUGGUAGCACUGAUUGCAAUUUACUGUUUUGUGUCUGCUAAAGAGUAUCGUCACAAUUUAAAUUGUGACAGUCGUAAUCAAUAAUAUUACAUGCAAAACAUGGUGUAUUUGCAUUUUCCGUCAAAUUUAACCGAAGAAGAGUUAAUGUUGCAGGCUAAAUAUAAUAAAUUAAAAAGAAAGAAAAAAGCAUUACAGGAUUUGAAAGCUCCUAAACAAGAAGCAGAACGUGUGCCACAAGUACCAAAACGUCCAACAGAAGCAAGAGAUGCUCGAGAAGUUGCAAAAAAAUUGAUAAAGUCUGGCGUUAUUACAGCACCAAAGACACCUAAGAGACCAGAACAAUCAUUUAAAAGGCCUCGUGGAUUAGAAAGAAAACUAAAUAGUACAGAGAAAACAAUAAGUUCCUAUCAACCAUUCUCAGCAGCUCAACUGGAAGAAGAAGAAAGUGAAGCAGUAAGGCCAAGAGUUAAAGAUUUAUAUGAUAGUUUUGUUAGUGCUCAAGAUGCAGAAGAUAGAACUGUAGUAGAUAAACAAACACCAAUUAAACAAGAAUUAAAACCAAGGGCUGGUAAUACAAUUUUUGUUUGUGGUUAUAAAAUAUCUGAAGAUUUCCUAAAAAAACAUUUUCAAACAUUUGGCAAUGUAAUUAAUAUAUCAAUGGAGGCAGAAAAAAAUCGAGGAUUUGUGACAUUCGACAAACCUGAUGCAGCUGAGAGAGCGAUAAGUGAGAUGGAUGGCAGCAUGGUUUCUUCUAUUCAGUUAAAGGUUUCAUUGGCAAGAAGACAACCAAUAAUAGAACAUAUAAAUGACGCUUCUUCUAGUUCAAUGUGGACGCCAAUAGCAGCUAAUUAUUCUCAAAAGAGUGUACAUAAGGAUAGACGCGAGUUAAAAGUUUACGAGGAAGAUCUUUUUCAGUAAAAUGAAAUAUAGUGGUUUAAUUUUUAAUCUUGUAAAUAUUCAAGUUCUUGUAUAUUUAUUGUUAAGAAUGUUAAGAAUAUUUGAUUAGAUAUAUUUAUACUAUUAUUAAAUAGCAUAAGACAGAAAUGAAAAAAUAAG